AUGGAUGCUGUUGGAGCGCAUCAACGAGGAGACUCGACUGGUGCUUUUGAUGACGAAGCUCGUCAAGAGCUCGGCGAAGAACAGCCCUUCAUUCGUCAAUCACACCGCUCGUCCUCGGGGUUUCGCCCCUCUCGACGUCAACACCGCUCUCUGCCUGCCUGGAAGCUAGGCCUCUUUUUCUUCAUCGUCACAGUCUCUGUACUGGCGCUGGCCGCUGUCCCUUUCGGUCUUCAAUCACUUUCCAGGGAAUCUCCCUCAGAUUCGGCACAUGAGGUUGACGGCGAUGACCACUCUCCAGGAGAUCAUUCUGGGGAAGAUGAGGCUGACCAUCAUGAGGAAGAGUCUGAGCCUGCUGCUGGAGAUGGGGACAAGAGUAGUUCUGAACCACUGAUUGUCCACCACGAAGAAGAGAUGCCCAGUAUGCCAAAGCUAAGAAAUGUAUCAGAGUACGUCUUGUCACCUUCCUGGGACUUUGACGCCGCCCCCACCACCAGGGAAUACCAUUGGACAAUUGUAGAUGGACGCCUGAACCCUGAUGGCAUCUAUCGCCCAAUGAUCCUCAUCAACAACCAGUUCCCUGGACCAUUGGUUGAAUGCAACCAAGGCGACACCAUCCGAGUCAUUGUGGAGAACAAAGCCAUCAAUGCUACCUCGAUGCACUUUCACGGCCUCUUCCAAAACGGCACCAACUCCAUGGAUGGCGCCGUUGGGAUCACACAAUGCCCAAUUGCCCCCAGUUCAACCUUCACCUACGAGUUCCAGAUCAAAGACCAGUCAGGCACCUACUGGUAUCACGCCCACCACAGUGCCCAAGCAUCCGAUGGCCUCCUUGGACCCGUCGUGAUUCACUCCAAAGAUGAGCGAACUACUCUGCAGAAGCUGAAAUACGCUUCGGACAGAAUCAUCAUGGUUCAAGACCAUUACCACAACCUCACUUCGGAGCUCUUGAUGGGCUAUCUCAAAAAUGACAUGGAGAAUAAUGAGCCUGUCCCAGACAACGGUCUCAUCAACGGCCGUGGCGUGCGUGACUGUAAAGAUUUCCAGGGCUGGGAUUGCGAUACCGCCGACGUUUCGAUCCCAACUUUCAAUCUUACUGCUGGUCAACGUCAUCGGCUACGUAUUAUCAACGUUGGUGCCUUUGCCGAGUUCCAAAUACAGUUUGAUGAACAUCCAUUUUACGUCACCGAGGUCGACGGCACCGACGUGUUCCCCGAACCGUUUCAUCGUCUCAACAUCCUCCCCGCCCAGCGGUACAGCAUCAUUCUUGAAACCAACGUCACCACUACCGAUGCCUUCUGGAUGAGAGCCCGAAUGGUGACACACUGCUUUACCACCAAGAACCACCAUCUACAGCCCGAGAUGCGAGCUGUCAUACGUUACGACUCUCCCGAAAGUAAAACCCUGGACAAGGAACCCACAAGCAAAGACUGGCCCGAAGCCAUCGAAGUCAUAUGUCGUGAUCUUAAUGUCUCUGCCUUACACCCAGUCAUUCCCAUGACACCGCCUCCAGCAGACAAGUACAUGCGCUUCGACGCCAGCUUCAUGAUUGGCGACUGGCGCCUUGCACGCGGCUUCUUCAACCAAUCCACAUGGCACCACAACGUCACUCGUCCAUCUCUCCACCGCUUCCUCGGUGCCUCCUCCAACGCCACCUCUCUCAAGUCCCCCAUCGGCGUCAACAACAUGGCCUUUGACUACAAGAAGGAGCUCGUCAUCCAAACCGAGGGCAUCCGCACCGUCGACCUCGCCAUCAACAACUUCGACGACGGCAACCACCCGUUCCACCUCCACGGCCACAAAUUCUUCGUCCUCUACCAAGGCCGUGGCGGGUACCCUCCCUACGAGGCGGAUUUCCCGGAUUUCGUGAGAGCGCACAAUCUAGACGACAACCCCGUCCGGCGCGACACCGUCACGGUGGAAGGAUACAGCUGGGCCGUCAUCCGCCUCGUGCUCGACAACCCCGGCAUGUGGGCGUUUCACUGCCACAACAUGUGGCACGCCGAGUCGGGCAUGGUGAUGCAGUUUCUUGUAAGGAGCGAUGUGGUCCGAGGAUGGACUGUCAGCGAUCAGGCGAAAGCAAUGUGCGGCCUCGAAGGCGUCACGACGGGCAUGAGAGCAGAUGACAACAUCUGGUUUGGCAACUUUGGCAAGAAAUGA